CUGGACUCGUUUCCGUAUUCAUGUCGGCGGUCACUGAUCGUCCUCCCCAGGAAACCUCGACGGGUCCUUGUCACUUUAAGCUUGAGGAAAUGCAGCUUUGCUUUGGAUAUGUAUGCUGAACUUGCCACAGAAGCACCCAGCAGUAAGAGAAAGCAGAAGAGGAAAAUCUCUUACCAGGUUGACAAGUUGAAAAGAAAACAUAGAAGGAAAGACAAGAAGAUGAAGGAACGUCCAGUUGAUUUGAUCUCCCAGCUACCUGAUCAUAUUAUCCAUCAAAUCUUAUCUUUCCUGCGUUGCAAGAAAGAUGUAGCACGAACUAGUGUAUUAUCCAAGAGAUGGAAGGACAUCUGGGCUUCUUUCUUAAUUCUUGAUUUUGAUCAGCGCAACUUCCAGAUGAUGUCAUCCCGCAAGGAGACUGGGAGCGCGGAAGCAGAAACCAAGAAGAAAAAAGAGAUCUUUAGGUCUUUCGUGAGUAACACUUUGCAGAGUCGUAUCGAGCAAGGAUCUAGCAUACGGAAAAUAUCUUUCCGCUUGACCUCUUUUGAUGGGGACAUGGCUACUGAUAUCAACAAAUGGAUAAAGUCUGCUACUCAGAGCAAUACCCAAGAGUUAGAUCUUCAUUUCCCGAGCAAGAAAAAGUUGUAUACUUUGUCCCAUAAUGUGUUCACUGUCGAGACUCUAACAGCAUUAUGUAUCUCUGGCUGCAAUCUGAAGAAUGUUAAGGUUGUAAACCUACCAAAUUUAAGGAAAUUAUGCCUUGAAAGACUUCAUGUUCGGGAAAAGAUUAUCCAAGAUCUCAGUCAAGACUGCCCUUUACUUGAAGACUUGAGACUAAUACACUGCUCUACUGGAUUUAGAGAUUUGCUGCUUUCGAGUGAUAAGCUUCGUAGAGUUGAUUUGCACCUCUGCCGCCGACUCCAUAAAGUGGAACUAAGAGCUCCAAAUCUCGAAAAGUUCUGGUACCAUCAUCAGAUGUUUUGCCGGCAAGAGCAGGUUGAGCUUGACUUGGCAUCAUGUAGCAUAUUGAAAAGUCUAACGGUAGAGAUUCCAAGCAUGACAGACGAGAUGUUUCAGAGUCUGGUUUCGAAGCUUCCAGUUCUUGAGCAACUGUCUCUCUGUGAAUGCAAUAAGCUGAAGACUAUAACUAUAUCCAGCCACAGACUGAAGAAACUAUCCUUGAGAGAUUGCAAAAAGCUGAAAGAAGCUGAUAUCGACACUCCAAAUCUUGUGUCAUUUGAAUACAAAGGCAAGGAGAUGCCGUUUCUGUCUAUGAACCCUUCUGGUUUGAUAGAAGCAAAUAUAUAUCUUCAGCGAGGGGUUCAGAACCAGACCAGGGUAGGCUUUUGUGACGAGGAAGAUGACAGAGCUCGGUUUGCUAAACUGCAAGAGUUUUUGGGGAAGUUUGAUCAUUCGAAGGGUUUGAAAUUAAUAGUGCAUUCCAAAAAGACUUUCAUGGUGCAUGAAGAUAUGAGCAAAAUCUUGGUGCCUCCUAUUUAUGAUCUCAAGCUUGAGAUUAUCAAACCAUCACUGAGUUUGGAAGAUCUAUUCUAUACUGUUUUGCGAAAGUGGCAUCCAUCAGCAUUGUUCCUUGUAUCACCUGCAAUCACGGAAUUCCCUGAGAACUUGUAUGAUAAGUUGGUGAACAAGGAGAAGAAGCUGGUCUGCUGCAGAUACAAUACCGCAAGUAACAAAUGUUGGCGACACUUCUUGAAAGAUGUGAAGGCCGAUAACAUCUCCGACGUCUUGCAUCCAUCUGACUGGGCUACUUGGUUGAAGUCGCGUUCUUCUGAUGUCGGCAAGAUUACAUCCUUUGCAUUGACGUGGGCCAAAGACCAAUCGACGGCUGGUGAUGAUGAGUACCAUGUCCAGGAAGGUAAGAAAAAGGUCAUAUUGCAGGCAGGGCCAUGGGGAGGAGAUGGAGGGAGCAGUUGGGACGAUGGGGUUCACCGCGGAGUUAAGGAGAUUAGACUAGUCUAUGAUCGUUGCAUCGACUCGAUCAGGUUUGUUUACGACGGCAAGAAAGGCAGGACCGUCGUAGGGGAGAAACAUGGCGGCCUUGGUGGCACCAAAACAGCCGAGAUUAUGCUGGAUUACCCGGAGGAGUACUUGACCGAGAUACAUGGAUACUAUCACCCUGUUGUCCACGGUGGACACCCUGUGAUUCGAUCGCUGAUGUUCGUGACCAGCAAGAGGAGAUUCGGGCCGUUUGGGGUGGAAGAAGGCACGCCGUUUAGGCAAUACUUGGAAGGCCUUUCGGUUGUGGGAUUCAAAGGCAGAGGUGGAUGGUACCUUGACUCCAUUGGGAUUCAUUACGUCGAAGGCAGCAGCAGAUCGGCUAGCAAAACAAUGCUCAAAAAGAUUCAACGCAAAUUUCAGAGGAUUGCGUCGGUUGCAAGAUCUUCCAAGGAUGCUUAA